AUGACAGUCUUUAUCGCCUCAGUUUUUCUUCCUUAUACCAUCGACUUUCAGGCGACUGAGCUCAAACGUACUCGUCGCCUGUCAUCCGUAAGCCACGCACAUGCAAGCGACCAGAUUAUAGGACGCUUGGCGGAAGCUCGUCGGAGACGCGACUCCAAAGCAUAUAGCCUUUCUCCCACGCCGGGUGCGACCACAGAAGAUGAGAGAAUCUUCAAGCCCUAUGCCUCACGUUCGGCAGGCGAGAUUCCCCUGGCGGAUGAUCCCAAUGGACCGGGUCCCAACGAACCGCGGAACGUCUCAUGGGGUCAAAGCCGGAAGUUCAACCAGCCACGCUCCAAGGCGUCGCUCUAUCCGGAGUCCUCUAUUCUGAGCCGUCCUGGCUCAGGUGAUGGCAUGAAGAUUGACACUUCUCUCGACCCUUUGCCAACGCCGGAUUCGGAGGAGGACUACGGAAGUCCUCGUGCUCUUCUCUCCGACGUCGAUUGGGCUGUCAAGGCAGCCGAACAGGGCAACGGCGGCCUCCGCAAUGCCGUCAAGAUUGCACAAAAGUCAGGGUUCCUCCCUGAUAAACGGUGGGUUGGCACAUUGGGGAUGCCGACCGAUUCACUUAAAGACGAAACUCGUGCCAGUAUCUCGGAGAUGUUGGGGGAUGCAUUCGAGUCGCUGGCGGUCUUCGUCGGUGAUAGCGAAUUCGAAGGACACUAUAGCCAUUUCUGUCGCAUGAUGCUAUGGCCAGCGCUCCAUUAUCAGAUGCAGGAGAGCCCCCGACAUACUGAAUAUGACGACUAUGCCUGGAAACAGUACGUCAAGGUCAACGAGGCAUUCGCCCAAACCAUCAUUGCCCAUUGGCGCCCUGGCGAUAGCAUUUGGGUCCACGACUACCACCUUAUGCUGUUGCCUUCGCUGCUGCGGGAGAAACUUCCCACAGCUGAAAUUGGCUUCUUCAUGCACUCUUCCUUCCCGUCCUCGGAAGUUUUUCGGUGUCUCAACUCGCGAGAGGCGCUGCUCUAUGGUCUUCUCGGUGCGGAUCUGGUCGGUUUCCAGACGGAUGAGUAUUGCCACCACUUCCUCCAAGCCUGCAGUCGCCUUCUCCGUCUAGAGGUUUCCGUCGACGGUGUACAACUUCAGCGCCGUCUCGUUCAUGUCAAGACGACUCCCAUGGGUAUUGAUGUCGAAGCGCUGAACGAGUUGCGCCGGUUUGCUGAAGUCAAGGAUUGGAUUACCAAUAUUAGUUCCCGGUACAAGGGAAAACAUUUGAUCAUCGCGCGGGACCGACUGGAUGCUUCAGGCGGUAUCAAACAGAAGCUUCUGGCAUACGAGUUGUUUCUGAAGAAGUACCCCAAAUGGAGACAAAACGUCGUUCUGAUCCAAGUUGCCUCGGCAUCAGAAAUGCCCGAACUCGAGGCACAAGUCUCCCAGAUUGCCAUGAGAGUCAACUCUUCCUACUCAACUCUCACCCAUCAGCCCUUGGUCUUCCUGAGGCAAGAUACCAGCUAUUCCCAGCUCUUGGCGCUCAUGAGCGUCGCCGAAAUUUUCUUAGUCACCAGUUUAAGAGAAGGUAUGAACCUUAUGAGUCACGAUUAUCUACACUGUCAAGACGGGAAGCUUGCCCCCCAGCGCCAUGGUUCCCUCAUCAUCAGCGAGUUCACCGGUAGUGCGUCGAUCUUCCAAGGACACGAGAUGCUAGUGAACCCUUGGGAUUAUACCGAAGUUGCCGAGGCAAUCAACCGGGCAUUAGAGAUGUCGCCGGAACAGAAACAGCGUAACUGGGGAUAUCUUCUCGAGAAGAAGACCCCCUUUACUGCGAUUGCCUGGUAUCACACAUUUCAGGGCGCACUAACUACAGCUCACAGAACGCAAUUAUCUCGCGAACUUCACCAGAUCUCGUCGCUCUCCACGGUAGAUCUCAAGGAGGCAUAUGACAAGACUAACUAUCGAUUAUUCCUUUUUGAAGAAAGCGCAGUCACUUCCCCCAAUAUGGAACCACCCGCUGCUAACUUGAUCUCCGUGGCUAAAAACCUACUUCUUGAUCCCAACAACUUAAUAUAUGUGACCAGCGACAAAAGCCCCGAGCAGCUAGAGCUUGUCUUCCAAGACCUCUCCACGCGUGUUGGGUACAUUGCCGAAAACGGAUGCUUCAAGCGCGACAUCGGCUCGACGUACUGGAAGACCCUAGUAGACCUGGAGAAGGCCAAGGACUGGCGCAAUGGCAUCCGCAAGGUCCUACAGUACUACCACGAGCGAACCGAAGGCAGCCGAUUUGAAGAACGACGCUGUUUGCUAAACUUCUGGUACAACGAGGCCCAGGACCCAGAAGUCGCAACGCGGCAGGUUUCCGAGCUGGCAGACCAGGUCAACGGCUCCCGCGGCAGCGAGGCGAUCCGCGUCGUGCUCACCGAGGGCCUCCUAACCGUGGAACCCCUAGACGUCACCAAGGCUAAAGCCGCAGCGUCCAUCCUAGAGUCGCUCCCCCGUCUCCCAGACUUCCUUUUUGUGGUCGGUGGCUCCCGCAGUGACGAGGCUCUCUUCCGGUGGGCCAACAACAACUCCUUCUCGGGAGAUAAAAUCCACAGCGUGACAACCCUCGCCGUGGGAGCCCACGCCACCGAGGCCAAAGCUGUGCUGCCCGAUAAUGUGACCCUGGCCGCUGUCGUAAAUGCCUUGACCUCUUGA